GGUUUCAUGAAGGCAGCGUUAGUGUACUGGCAAACAGAUGUCGUCAACUCUUUCGCUGCCUUUUUUUUUUUUUUUUUUACCAAGGAGGAGGAACUUAAAGCCCAAUUUCAACAUGGACACCUCUUCUCCGAGCGAGGAUGUACGGCGUUCGUGACAAACAACCGCCGGGAUACAACUUUUUGUUGUCACUUUUAAACCAUUGUCGCUGUUCUCCUGCCACGCUUUAGCCGAAAAGGUAGUUUUUUUUGUAAGUGUGCGGUUGUUCUCUGCGCAGGCGCAGCCCGGCGUGUCAGGGAGUCAACUCCAAACUCCUCCAUUCGUGCGAGAAAUGGGACUCCGCGGGCGUGUAAUGUCGUCUAAAGUUUAAAGUUUGUCUCGGGAGGAAAAGGGGAAAGUCCUUCCCGGUUGGAAUUUCGACGUUAUGAAAAUGACGGGAGCUAUGGAAACGUCUUUCAAUCUGGCGCUGAGGAAGCCGCCCUCCCUGCGGACGGCAGAGGACCUGCACACCAUCUACUGCCACCUCUAUCACAUGGACGUCCUCUCUCACCUCAGGGAGCACCAACUCAGGUCCAUGUGCACCUCGGCCAGGUAUGAGAGACACGAGGCUAACCACAUGCUCUUCUACCCGGACAGCAUCGCCAGCUGUUGGUAUAUCCUGCUCUCUGGGUCCGUCUUCGUCAAGGAGCACAUGUACCUGGCCAGGUGUUGUUUCGGCAAGCAGCUGGGGGGCCGGCGAGGCUGUGAAUGCAUCACGUUGGAGCCGUCAGAAAUGAUCGUGGUGGACAACGGCAGCGAGGGCGACGACGGCUUCCUGCACAGAGACGGCUCCCAGCGGCGCUCCCGACGCCGCUUCAGGAGGAUCAACCCCAAGGGGGAGCGGGAACUCAUCACAGACGGACAGGAACCGGCCAGCUACAAGCUUCCUGCCGACCUCAAUAAGAUGCACCUGACAGACCACGCCCACCAGCAGGUGAUGCACGUGCCGCCCAGCCAGUCGGGGUGCAGCAUCGCCAGCGACUCGGGGAGCAGCAGCCUGUCGGACAUCUACCAGGCCACCGAGAGCGAGCUGGGCGACGUGGACCUGUCCGGUCUCCCCGAGGCCCCCGUGGACAGCGAGGAGGAAGAAGAGGAGGACGAGGACCUGGACAGAGCCUCGAACGCGCUCCUGGGCCGAGACCUGGUCCGGGAGUGUCUGGAAAAAGACCCGGCCGACCGCAACGACGACGACAUCGAGCAACUACUGGAGUUCAUGCACCAGCUGCCCGCCUUCGCCAACAUGACCAUGUUGGUGCGUCGCGAGCUGUGCGGCGUGAUGGUGUUUGAGGUGGUGGAGCAAGGCGCCACCGUCAUACUCCACGACAAGCAGGAGCUGGACCUGUGGUACGUGAUCCUGAACGGGGCGGUGGAGAUCAGCCACCUGGAGGGCCGAGUGGAGACUUUGUGUAUGGGCAACAGCUUCGGCAUCUCGCCCUCCUUGGACAAGCAGUUCAUGAACGGAGAAGUCCGCACCAAAGGGGACGACUGCCAGUUGGUGUGCGUGGCCCAGGAGGACUACUGGCGUAUCCUCAACCACGUGGAGAAGAACACGCACAAGGUGGAGGAGGAGGGCGAGAUCGUCAUGGUGAAGGAGCACCGCGAGCUGGACCGCAGCGGCACCAGGAAGGGCCACAUCGUCAUCAAGGGAACCCCGGAUCGUCUGAUUAUGCACUUGGUGGAGGAGCCGUCAGUGGUGGACCCCACCUACAUCGAAGACUUCCUGCUCACCUACCGCACCUUCCUGUCCAGUCCCAUGCAGGUGGGCAGGAAGCUGCUGGAAUGGUUCCAGAUGGACACCCUGCGAGACACGGUUACGCGCAUCGUCUUGCUCUGGGUCAACAACCACUUCAACGACUUCGAGGGUGACACGGCCAUGACGCGCUUCCUGGAGGACUUUGAGAAGCUGCUGGAAACCACGAAAAUGAAAGGCCAUCUGAGGCUGCUCAACAUCGCGUGCGCCGCCAAGGCCAAGUGCCGGCAGAUCACGCUGCAGAAGACGUCGCGGGAGGCGCCGCUCUACUUCAGCGUGCUCGGCGGCAGCGAGCGGGGCUUCGGCGUCUUCGUGGAGUCGGUGGAGGACGGGAGCAAGGCUGCGGAGGCGGGACUCAAGCGGGGAGACCAGAUCAUGGAAAUCAACGGGCAGAACUUUGAGAACAUUUCCUUCUCCAAAGCGGUGGACAUCCUGAGGAACAACACCCACUUGUCCCUCACGGUCAAGACCAACAUAUUUGUCUUCAAGGAGCUCCUCAGCAGGAUCGUGCACGAGAAGAAGAACGGCGGCCCGCACAUUCCCAAAAUCCAGGAGAAGAAGGGCAACCGCUUCUCCAUCCCGGACCUUCCCGCCGACAUGGAAUUUGCCACCGACCACAAGGCCACCAGGAAGAUGAAGGCCAACACCGUGUCGGGAGGACGCAACAAGAUCCGGAAGAUGCUGGAGAAGACGCGCUUCAGUAUCCUGCCGCCCAAACCCUUCAGCGAUGGCGGCAUGGGACAGUCUCAGGACGACAGCAUCGUGGGGACCAAGCAGUGUCGACACAGCGUGGCCAUCAUGCCCUUCCCCGGGAACCUGUCCUCCAGCAGCCCCGACCUGCUGCAGCCCGCCACCAGCGUCCUGGACUUCUCCAACCCGGCAGCACUGGGACUCUACUACGUGCCAGACCAGGUGAUCCGCGUGUUCAAGGCCGACCAGCAGAGCUGUUACAUCAUCAUCAGCAAGGACACCACCGCCAAGGACGUGGUGGUCCACACCGUCAACGAGUUCGGCCACCUGCCGGGCGCCGAGACCUACUCCCUGUGCGAAGUGUCCGUCAGCCCCGAGGGCGUCAUCAAGCAGCGCCGCCUUCCCGACCAGCUCUCCAAACUGGCCGACCGCAUUCAGCUCAACGGCAGAUACUACCUGAAGAACAACAUGGAGACGGAGACGUUGUGCUCGGACGAUGAUGCGCAGGACCUCCUGCGAGAGAGUCAGAUCUCGCUGCUGCAGCUCAGCACCAUGGAGGUGGCCGCCCAGCUCUCCAUGAGGGACUUUGAGCUCUUCAGGAACAUCGAGUCCGCUGAGUACGUGGACGACCUGUUCAAGCUGGACUUGUCGUCCUGGAGCGGCAACCUGAAGCAGUUUGAGGAGGUGAUCAACCAGGAGACCUUCUGGGUGGCCACGGAGAUCCUGAAGGAACCAAACGCCCUGAAGAGGAUGAAGACCAUCAAGCAUUUCAUCAAGAUCGCACUGCAGUGUCGGGAGUGCAAGAACUUCAACUCCAUGUUCGCCAUCAUCAGCGGUCUGAACCUGGCCCCGGUGGCGCGGCUGCGCGGCUCCUGGGAGAAGCUGCCCAGCAAGUACGACAAGUUGUUCGGUGACCUGCAGGACGUGUUCGACCCGUCCAGGAACAUGUCCAAGUAUCGCAACGUGCUGAGCAGCCAGAGCAUGCAGCCGCCCAUCAUCCCGCUCUUCCCCGUCGUUAAGAAGGACCUCACCUUCUUGCACGAAGGUAAUGACUCCACGGUGGACGGCCUGGUGAACUUUGAGAAGCUCAGGAUGAUCGCCAAGGAGAUUCGACAUGUGGUGAGGAUGACCUCGGCCAACAUGGACCCCGCACUCAUGUUCAGACAAAGGAAGAAGAGGUGGAAGAGUUUAGGGUCUCUGAGCCAGGGCAGCACCAACUCCAACAUGCUGGACGUGCAGGGCGGCGCCCACAAGAAGCGCGUCCGCCGCAGCUCGCUGCUCAACGCCAAGAAGCUGUACGAGGACGCCCAGAUGGCGCGCAAGGUGAAGCAGUACCUGUCCAACCUGGUGGUGGAGGCGGACGAGGAGAAGCACCAGAUCAUGUCCCUGCAGUGCGAGCCCACCUACACCACCAUUACCAAGAACCUGAGCGACAGGCGGUCCACCAAGUCGGACAUGUCGCCCGUGUCUUUGAGGUCAGCUCUGCCCUCGGGGAAAACCCAGAACCGGGUUUCGCAAGUCCUUCAGGUGCAGGUCCCGCUGAACCCGCUGAGGAAGAAGAGCACUGCCAAAGACGUGGGCCCUCCUAACUUCAGUUCCCCCCAGGUGGUGAAGAAGCCCCCCGUGAGCUCGGCGGACGAGUGGAGCCCUAAGAGACCCUCGGAGGACACCGUCUCCUCCAUCUCCUCCUUGCACUCCAGUCCGACCGCCUCGCCGCAGGGCUCGCCGCGCAAAGUGGGGGGUUCAGCCAAAACCCAGACCUCAAGCCAGAUGAACCUGUCGGGGUCGUCGUCGUCGUUGACGAGCGACGCCAGCACCAAGGCCAGCACCGUCAGCCUGCGCAGCUACGGCAUAGGCUACACUCUGCUCCCUCACGGCAAAGCAGACAACUUGUCGGACUCCAGCCACAGCGAGAUCUCGUCGCGCUCCAGCAUCUGCUCCGUGGACUCUGUGCCCGCCCCCGGCCUGGACGAGCGCUGUAACAGCAACAGCAGCAACAGCGGCAGGACGGCCGCCGCCACCCCCCUCGGCGCUCCGACCCCCGAGAGCGCGGCGGCGACGCACUUGAACGUCGACUACAGCCAGCCCAGCACGAGCUCGGCGGCGUCUCGAUGCUACGCCGCCGCUUUCUGCUCGUCCGUCUCCACGGAGGAGCUGACCCCCGACCUCGCCACCCUGGAGCAGGUGGCGGACAGCGGGCGCGGCAGCUGGACGUCCUGCUCGUCCAACUCGCACGACUCCUUCCAGAGCCUGCCGCCGUCCUCCUGCCGCCCCUGGGACCACGGCAUCCACGGCCACCCGCUGCCCCUCCUCCUCCCGCCGCACCCGGGCGGCUUCAGGCACGCGCGGCCGGCCGGCGCCGAGGCGGAGGCCGGCGCCAGGGGCUCGGAGCACGCCGAGAUGUCGCGGCAGAGCUGGCCGUCGUCCGGCUCGCUGUCGGACGCCUACGAGGGGAACUACGGGACGGUAAAGCGGAGGGCGGCGGCGGAGCAGCCCUCGUCGACCAAUGAGGAGGGAGGGCACGGCACAGACCCCGCCUACAAAACGGUGACGUCGAGCACAGACAAGGGCCUGAUAGUUUAUUGCAUCACCUCCCCCGCCAAGGAUGAGCGUUACCGAGCCCCUCCUCCCACCCCUCCAGGCUACCAGGGUCUGGCUCUGGGGGACCUCAAAGACUGCGUGGUGGUUGCGGGGGGUCCGAGCGGCACCCCCCCUCCCAGGCCCCCCCACCUGAGACCGCCGGACUACAGCGUGGCCAUGCAGAGGAGCAAGCUCCUGCAGAGCCCCGCGGCCGCCGGCGGCCUGGUCGAGGCCCGCAGGCGCGCCGGGACCCUCCGGGGGCGCGGCGGCGGCGUCUCGCCCGUCACCCGCCGCCCGACACAGGAGACGGCCGACAGCGAGGACGAUGAACAAGUUUCUGCUGUGUAGACGCAUUGUGGCGCCCUCCUGUGACCCGCCUCACUUGACGUCUGGCUCCCUCUGGUGGUCAUCGUGGGACCUGCCUCACUUGAAAGACUUGUGAAGUAAACGAGCGACAUCCACGCUUUCUUACGCUUCGACACGCCGCUUUUUUGAUUUGAUAUUUUUAAUUCUCAUUAGUCGCCGGCAUUGACGACCAUUCGGUGUGGCGUGGGAGAGAAACGGUCACAUGACACAUACUUGUGUUUGGCACUUAACUUAAAAAAAUGGCGGUCUAGCUACCUUAGCAGCAUGCUACCUCCUGGACCUUUUAGACUUUUUUAAAGAACAAACCGACUUUUAUUUUGUCUAUAUUUGGAGGGGGGAGAAAAGGAGAAAAAAAAAGACGGCGUGUUGUGUUUACAGUUUUGAUUGGACGAGGGCGCUAGGCCCCGCCCACCCCUCAAAGCCUGCAUUGUUAUUUAAAAUGUCAUUCCAUGUGCAUAAGAUGUUUUGUACAUUUCUGCUGAGGACAGUUUGUCCAUGGUUUUAGUCCUCUUGGUCUUCCUGCGCCGCCUGACGUCUGUCUGCUUCCUUAGCAUCCCUCCGACCACUUGAAAUGCUAAUUUAAAUAUAUAUAUAUAUAUAUAUAUAUAUAUAGGAUAUAUACACACAAUGUAUAUUUUUAGUGGUUGCUUUGUCGUACAUGAACGAUCAAGUAUAGCUGACAGACUGGAGUCCUCUGGAAAAAAAAAAAAAAACUAUUUUUGAAUAUUUUGUAAAAAAACAAAAACAAUCCGAUAAUUUUUUUUUUUCUUUGCGAGCUCCUCAUCGAGAUGUGCAGUCGUGCGUGUGUGUGAGUGUGUGUGUGUGCGCGCGGGUGUGCCCUAUUUUGAAUGAAUGUAGAACACAUAAGGGAAGGUCUAGAAGAGGGGUGUGCAAACCUUUUCCACUGAGGGCAACACGAUGAAAAAUGAAAUCAGGCAGGGGACAUUUUCCAUUUUCAAAACCAAUUUCAU